CGGGACAAGGGAGGAAGGAGGAGCGAGAGCGGGGCCCAGGCCGGCGAUGGCGGAGGCGCUGUGGAGGACCCCGCCGGGCCGCCUGGCCCCGCCGCACGUUUACCGCAUGGCCGGGGCGCUGGGGGCCGAGCUGCGCCGCCUCUCCGCCCGCUUCGGACCCGAGGCCGUGGCCGGGCUGGUGCCGCCCGUCGUGAGGCUGCUGGAGCUGCUGGAGGCGCUGGUGGCCCCCGACGGGGAGGCGGUGGGGCCGGCGGGCGGGCGGCAGGAAGCGGAGGACCCGGAGCAGCGGCUGUGGGAGGCCGAGCGCCGGGAGCGUUCCCUGCGUGCGCGCCUGUCCCGCCUGGAGGAGCAGAACCGGCAGCUCCUGGGGCAGCUUGCGGAGAGCCAGUCCCAGGAAGAUAACGUGGCACGGAAGGAGCGGGAGGUGAUGCUGCGGCUCAAGGAGGUGGUGGACAAGCAGCGGGAUGAGCUCCGUGCCCAGGCCCACGAGAUCGUCUGCAAGAGCCGAGACACGGAGGCGCUGCAGGAGCAACUGCACCGCUUCAUGGCCAUGAACGAGGAGCUGCGGCACAAGGUGGCUGUGGUGCAGGCGCAGCUCAGGAGCGCGCUGGAGAAGAAGUCGGACCUGGAGGCUGCGGUGCUGCAGAGCCAGAGGGAAGCGAGCAGGAGGAGCAGGAGCACCUCCGAGAUCCAGCAGCCGAAGCCCAGCCUGGAGGAAGCUCCAUCCGCCACAGAGGAGCCGCAGCACGAGGAUGCGGGCAGGAGCCCUGCUCACUGCUGCUUCUCCAAGGAGGAGCUGCAGCAGAUCCUGCAGGAGCGGAACGAGCUCAAGACCAACCUGUUCUUGGUGCAGGAGGAGCUGGCUUAUUACCAGCGGGAGCUGCUGAACGAGGAGAGGGUUCCCAGCUUCUUCUUGGAUGCGAUGAAGUCAACCAUCAAAAGGCAGAGGAAGAAAAUCAGAGCCAAAAUGCUGGGAACAACGGAGGAGGCGGAGAGCAGCUGAUGCCUUGCUCUGGCUUCACCCUGGGAGCGUGGCAGGGGCUGGGCUCCUUGCUGCACCUCUUGUCCCCAGUCACACGUGGUCCAUCCAAAUGCCUCCCAUCCAUGGAUAUGGCAAAAGGGAGGUGAGGUGGUGGCCGUGGGACUGCUGCUCCUGGCACUGAUUUGGAGGCUGUUCGAUGAGAGCCAUUGAGGAUGGCAGCAGAGAUGUUGCCUGGAGGCUCUGCAGGACGUUAUGGGCACCGCUGGCCCCACCAGACUUGUCACGAUGGGGAGGGCAGCACCUUGCUGGGCACCAGCCCCAGCUCUGCCUGUGUGCUGGCAAUGGGGGGGGUGUGAAGCCUGUGCUAAAGCUGCUGUAUGGCACGGGGGGAGCUGGGUCUCACUGCCUUUUGGGGGCUUUAAUAAAGGUCUGGAGGGGGCUGAGCUCUUCUGUGCU